AGCAUGAAAUGUCCUUACUGUCACUUUUAAUCAAUAUAACGCAUCUUUCCUGAACGACUUGCUUGAUGACUUUUAUUUUGAAAAUACACGCUCUUCCGGUCGGAUGUUCAGAUGCGCUCGCGUUGAAUGAGGCGGUUUACCGGAGCAGUAUGAAGACUCCAGUGAGCGUCCUGCGGCUGCCCAGAGGACCGGAGCCCAACAGCCGCGGAUUCGACCCGAGCUCCCCCCGCUUCAUCGCUCUGUGCUGCUCCUCCUCCUCCUCCUCUGAUGAAGAGGAGCAGCGGCUGCGCUCGGAGCUGCGCCAGAGGUUUCUGUGGACUCUCUCAGUGAUGAGGGACAAGCUGGUCCAGUUCGACAUGCACGAGAGAGUGCGCGUGCGCGCGAGGUUCGGCGCCUCGGACAUAGACGUGCUGCGCUUCCAGGUUUCUGAUCUGGAGACUCCUCUGGGGGUCCAGAGAGAGGCGCUUCUGAGGUGCCAAGAUGUGCUUUCCUGCUCUUUUGAACUGUGAGAGCCAUGCUGAGCUUCACCGCAAGAGCGCGCCACAAGAGUUGCGAUUAAAGUUUAGUGGGUUCGAAGAACUUCCUCGUUGCGUUCAUUGUUGUUCAUGCUGCUGUUUGUAAUAAAUAACCUUUGCAAAUGUUGAGAACCCUGUUCUGAAAUGUUCUUUUUUUAUCCCAAUCAAAGUGUCCAUCAUAUUUUUCAAACACUCUUUAAAAAAAAAAAAUUAUAUAUAUAAUUUUUUUUUUGCAAUGAUUUCACAAAACAAUUAUUUAUUUAUUUUUUGGUUUCUUUCAGUGAACAGUUUUUAACAUUUUUUUUUCUUCUUUUUUCUUAAUGUGAAGAACAUUUUUAAUAAUCUAAAGUACCUUCUUUUACUAUAAGAACCUUUUGUGCAGUGGAAAGUUUCCAUGGAUGUUAAAGGUUCUUCAUCAAUGCCAAUAGUAGAGCCGUUAUUUUUAAGGUUCUAGAGUAGCCUGUCUACUAAUAAUUAAACUAAUCCAAACUGCACAUGAAUCACAUUACAAAAAUGUGCACUAUAAAUGCCUUGCGACUAAUUAUUCUGAAGCCACGGGAAACUGACAUCAUGGCAAUGCUGAUUUACUAACGAAUCCUCAAGAAUGCAUGAGCUGUGAGGUCAAAGCCAACAGAUGGAGAUAAGUCAGUUUCAUUUUUUUUUUUUUUUUUUUUUUAAAGAAAGAUUAGCAGGACACAUCACCACAUACGGUCCCCAGUUUAAUCACGGUACAUUAUGACAGUUGUGUUGUGUUACAAGUUUGCUGAAAUGUUAUUUGCAUAUAUUUCUAGUUGGAUUGGUUAAAACCAGAUCAAAAUUAAAAGUUUUUACAGA